CCCUUUCUACUACAGCCUUUAAUAUAACCACGUCGACAGCGACGGAGACCAUUACCUCUUCAAUUUCUAGCAAUUUAAGUUCGACGUCGACUACCAUUGCCUCUUCAAUUUCUGGCAAUUUAAGUUCAACGUCGGCGACCGUUACCUCUUCAAUUUCUGGCAAUUUUAGUUCGACAUCGGCGAAUGUUUCCACUACUCCCACACCCACAAGCUCGUGGCUGUCUGGAGGAUCGUCCUCGAUUCCACUGUCAACAUUCGCGUCAAACAGUUAUAGCCAGGCUAGCAGCUCGAUAUUGCCAUCUCCAAGUAGUUCGGCACGUUGGACGAACACGACAUGUACCUCAUGGGUAACUUUAACUACUAGUACGGGGAUUACCGGUACGGGGUCAUCGGUGUUUACGGCUUCAUCCGCAAUUACGACUGAUGGUAAUUUGACGACAUCGUUUGGGGCCUUCUCGACUUCCUCGGCCCCUUUUCCCAAUUCGACUUCUACCGGACUUACCACCGGAAGCGGAUCUCUUUCAACCGAUACGUGUAUCGAUACACCGACACCGACGCCGAUACCAACAGAGACCGAGUCAUGUGACCCCAGCGGAUCUUACCAAUACGGCAACUCGACAGCGUCCAUUACCGCUUCACUCUCUUCAGGUGAAGACCUCUCUAUGUCUACUCUGAGUGCAUCAUCGCUUUCAGCGCAAAGCAGCAUACUCAGUGAAUCCAUAACAUUACCGACACAAAGCCCGACAUCAGACUCACAAUCAAACGCCGAGUCCGACGUACCAUUCCCACCAUCCCACCCAACAUCCACAUCCCCAGACCCAUCGCAGUCAUCCUGCGUAAGAACAUCCAGCAACAGCGCAAUCGAAAACGGGGGCUUCGAAAACGGGCUCUCGCCCUGGAGCGUGGACCUCAUCGACCUAAUGUCAACCAGCUACGACAUAUCCACGCCGGGGGCCUCCAAUUCCUGCAGCGCCUUCCACGUCACCAUGGCGCGGAACAUGCAAACAGACGACCUACGCUCAAACCUCCGUCUCGCAAGCCCGCUCAUCAUGCUGCCGCCCCCAGGGGUCAACUGGACGGUGUCAUUCUGGACGCGCUUCGACACCGCGCACGAGGACUCCUUCCUCGAGCUGUUGGCCAACGAGGCCGUUGCGCACCGCGUUAAUGCCACGACGGAGUUGGCGGAGUGGACUAAGGUCGAGGUCCCGUAUAAUCUGGAGGACGGUGAUAGGAUGUUGCAGUUUGUGUUCUCGUUUGUGCUGGGGGCGGGGGCGGUUAGGAAUGAGGUUUGGCUUGAUCAGGUUGCUGUUGAGGUUCCGGCUACGACUUCGUAGGGUUUGGAUGGGGGUUUGCGACAAUGUGGGGGAUGUAUUUGGGUGAUAUUUAGAGGUGUAUACAUAUUGGGUAGGUACCUAGUAGGUGUGGAAAAGGGGUAGAUCUGGUAGACUUAUUACUGUUAUUAUUCUUGUAUUUUCUUGCAGUGUAGUUUUAAUUAUUAUUAGACUGUAGGUAUGAUAAUGGUAGACCGGGAUGGCCCCUCAUUU